AUGGGAGAGAACAAUGACAGAGCACAAAAUCUAACAAGAGUGAUAGAAUUCAUUCUUCUUGGCUUUCCAAGAUCUCAGUAUCUACAGAUGUUUAUCUUCAUGUUUUUUCUUAUCACGUACAUUCUGACACUUCUGGGAAAUGUGGGCAUCAUCAUUCUAGUAAUAACAAAUUGUUGCCUUCAUAUUCCCAUGUACUUCUACCUUUGCAAUCUCUCCUUCCUAGAAAUAUGGUACACAACGGCUUCUAUCCCUAAGACCCUUGCCAUAUUUCUGAGAAGAAGCAGAAGCAUCUCUUUCAUUGGCUGCAUCCUUCAGAUGUACUUUGUGUUUGCUUGUGGGUGCACAGAAUAUUUCCUGCUGUCUGUCAUGGCUUACAACCGAUAUUUGGCCAUAUGUUACCCCCUGCACUACAGCACCAUCAUGGAUGGCCACCUCUCUAGCAAGCUGGCAGCUGGUUCUUGGCUGUGUGGAUUUGUCAUUAUUUUUAUACCAACCUUUCUGAUCACAAGAUUGUCUUUCUGUGGGCCCAAUGUGAUCAAUCACUUCUACUGCAACAUUGAUGCUUGGAUAGUUCUUUCUUGCACCAACACCUAUGACAUUGAGAUGGCAGCUUUCAUCAUAUCCAUCAUUGUCAUCUUGGGCUCCUGUGUGAUCACAUUUCUUUCCUACAUAUACAUCAUCAUCAUAUUACGCAUUCCUUCUGUGCAAGGACAGCAAAAGGCCUUCUCCACAUGUUCCUCCCAUCUUGCUGUAGUGAUAAUUUGGUAUGGCUCCACCAUUUUUCUCUUUGUCAAACCUUCUAAAUGGACAUGUUUAGAAAUGACCAAAAUAGUCAACAUCUUGAACACAAUUGUGACUCCAUUACUGAAUCCUUUCAUCUACACACUAAGAAAUAAAGAGGUGAAGGAUGCAUUUAGAAGUUCAUUGUACUGGGGUACAAGAAAAAACAUGUGUCAUAUAAUAUGA